CAUCUGCUCCUCAGCUACACCAACAAACUGAACAAGAGGAACACAUUUAGACGUUUUGGAGGCAACAAAACAAACAACGUUAGUUCAAAAGUUGUGUUUCAAACUCUGCUGCUGCAUAUAGUUCUAUAUUUCUAUCCACAGUUGAAUAAAAGUGUCGUUAUAUAUAUUAUAUUCUAUAUAUUCAGCUACAUGGAGACUAAAGCGGCUGCUGUGCUGAAUGCGGUUCCUCCUUACGGACACCUUAUUGCCAGCGAGAAGUGGACAAACUCGUCACUAAUUCAAAGAUUAAAAGGUGGAGGCGUGAAGAUCCUGUUUGAGAAGGAGCUCGGUGUGGCAGAUUUCCACCUGCCCAACAAAAGCUGCAUCCUCUACGUGUCUGAGUGCGACAUCAUUGCAGGGAACAGCUACAAGAGGAAACUGGUUGGCUACAGAAACAGCAGCAGUAGUUUCCAGGAGCUGGUGCUGGUGGAGAACACCAGACUCAGUGAGCAGUACUUCUCCGCUGUGCACAAGUUUGUGGUGUUUGACCUCGGCCUGACUCUGCUGCCGGUCAGCGGGCAGACUGAAGCCUCACAGCUCAUCACUCAGAUUGUUCACGGUGGGGGGGGCAGGGAGAACCCCUUCAGGAGGAGGACUCGGUCUCAGCUGUUGGACCCGCUGAUCCUGGCUCUGGUCCAGCAGGUCCCCGGGGUCGGCAGGGUCAAAGCUCUGGCCCUGCUGCAGCACUUCUCCAGCAUCCAGAAGCUCUGCAACGCCGCCCCCGCCCAGCUGGAGCCCAUCGUGGGUCACGCUGCAGCUCAACAAAUCCACAAGUUCUUCCACAAAGCCACUGCUGCUGGAACCUGAAGGUCCGACUCUGCACAUCAACCGAGGAAAGUUUGGAUUGAAUCAUAAUGCAGAAAGCUUCAGCCUCACAUGGACACUAACUCUUUAUUUGAAAGACUGCAAUGGCAGAAAAAUCCAACAUUGCUCGUGUUUUAAACUGGAAGAAACAAUUAUUUUCUUUGUUUGUUUGUUUGUUUGUUUGACUGUUGAGGACCAACACUGCCGUCCACAGAGCCCCGCUGGUAACAGGGCUGAAAAUACUUGGAAACUGAUUUAGGUUUGGUGAUUGGGCCGCUGAGUUCUCUGCCCUGUGUGCUUUUCUGUUUCUAUUUUAGUUUGCACUUUUGCUUCCACAAUAAAUAAAUAUUUGUAGCAUCA